UCCCAAAAGUCUCGAGGCCCGACUCGUUGGCUCCCAUUAGGAGCGCCACCCAGCUAUAUUGUCGCUUCCUUUUUCCAAACCCUAAACCCGGUGGACCUUCGAUUCGAUCGGGAUUAGGGUUAGGGUGUGGAAUCCGGACGAAGAUGAUGUAUGGCGAGCAGCCGCACAACCCCGAGUUUUCCCGCGCACCGCCUCCUCCUUCACGGCAGCCGUCGGCGUCGUCCACCAAUCUAGCGCCGGAUUUCCCUCGCCCGCCGGCCCCUUACGAAGCAUAUGGAGAUAGUUUUGCUGCUAGAAGAAUGCGAAAGGUUGUCCAACGGCGUGCUGUGGAUUAUACAAGCACAGUUGUUCGAUAUAUGCAGGUUCGUAUGUGGCAGCGAGAUGUUGGGGACAGAACUGCACUGCAACCUACUCCAGCUGCAGUCUUGGAUAUCUUACCAACAGCUGCAUAUGCAGAUAACCCAUCCAUAAGUUUUGCUGCCAAAUUUGUUCAUGCUUCAACAAACAAAAAUAGGUGUUCCAUUAAUAGGGUCUUGUGGACCCCUACUGGGCGUCGUCUCAUCACGGGAUCACAGAGUGGUGAAUUUACUCUAUGGAAUGGACAAUCUUUCAAUUUUGAAAUGAUUCUUCAGGCUCAUGAUAAUGCAAUCAGGUCAAUGAUUUGGAGUCACAACGACAAUUGGAUGGUUACUGGGGAUGAUGGUGGUGCAAUCAAGUACUGGCAGAGUAACAUGAACAAUGUUAAGGCAAACAAAACUGCCCACAAAGAAUCGGUCCGGGACUUGAGUUUUUGUAGAACAGAUUUGAAAUUCUGUUCUUGCUCAGACGAUACUACUGUUAAGGUCUGGGACUUUGCUAGGUGCCAGGAAGAGAGAUCUUUAACUGGCCAUGGUUGGGAUGUCAAAAGUGUUGACUGGCACCCAACAAAAUCCUUACUUGUGUCAGGGGGUAAAGACAAUCUUAUCAAACUGUGGGAUGCAAAAACAGGGAAAGAGCUGUGUUCAUUCCAUGGUCAUAAAAAUACUGUACUUUGUGUUAAGUGGAACCAGAAUGGUAACUGGGUGCUGACUGCUUCUAAGGAUCAGAUAAUCAAGCUUUAUGACAUUAGAUCCAUGAAAGAGCUUGAAUCAUUUCGUGGGCAUACAAAGGAUGUAACUGCAUUGGCAUGGCAUCCGUUCCAUGAAGAGUACUUUGCUAGUGGGAGCUUUGAUGGGUCCAUCUUUCAUUGGCUUGUUGGGCAUGAAACUCCUCAGGUUGAAAUACCUAGUGCACACGAUAACAGUGUGUGGGAUCUUGCUUGGCAUCCAAUCGGCUAUCUACUUUGCAGUGGGAGCAAUGAUCACACAACCAAGUUUUGGUGCAGAAAUAGGCCUGGAGAUCUUAGUCGUGAUAAAUACAGUCUUGGUCAAACUCCUGGUUAUGGUGAUCAAAAUCCUAUUCUGUCAGGUCGUAGUGCCAGUGGUUUCUCAGCAUCAGAACCUCCACCGACUCCUGGACCAUUUGCUGUCGGAUUAUCAAGAAACGAAGGGACGAUUCCUGGUAUUGGAGUUGCAAUGCCUUUGUCUGUUCCAUCUAUUGACGGUUCUGAUCAAGGAGAACAGAGGCAGCCUUUUCCCGGCAACAUGCCUCCUGGGGCACCUCCUCUUCCACCAGGUCCUCAUCCGUCUCUUUUAGCAUCUGGUCAGCAGCAAGUUUACCAGCAGGUUCCUCCUGUUCACCAGCUGCAUCAGCCAUUUUCACAGCAAAUGCCUUCGAUGCCAAUUUCUACAAACUUGCCUCAAUUGCAGCCUCCACUUCUUCCGCAUCCACAUGGACCUCCUCCCCGACCUCCACUUGCACCUCUUGGAAUGUCAGCUUCAUAUCCUUCCUCAAUUCCGGGAUCCAUGCCAAUGCCUUCCUCGUUGGUUCCAUCUAUGACUCCAUCCUUCCCGAACUCAAUGAUGAUGCAAGGAUCAGCAACUCAGAUGCCACAAGCACAUAUGAUGGGCAUUAAUCAAAUGAACCCAGGUUCUGUUACCAGCAGCAAUAUCCCUCCUGCAAUUGGAGGUUUUGCAAAUCCUAUGGCAAAUAUCCAGGGUGCAUCAACAAGCGGGUUACAAAACUUCCAAAUUGGUGGUGUGUUCAACCUGCCACAAGGUGGUCAGAUGGCUCCGAUCCCAGGACUAAAUGCUUACCAGCCUGGGAUGAUGGAUGUUCGAGUUCCUGGCAUGGCUUUAGGAGGGAACAUCGGAAUGCCACCGCCACCUCCAACCAUGCCCCAUGGAUCCGCACCGCAGUAGGUCUCACCUUGAAAUGCUUAAUGAGUGUUUGACAGGUAGGGCUACUACGGGUUGCAACUAAUGGAGUUCCAUUGAUGAACUUGGACCUGAUGUGUUUGCUUGGGUUCAGCUGAUGCAGAGUCGUUCCCAGCCAUGUGAGACCAAACACCAAUUUGCUCUGAUGUCAUCUGUCCUAGCUGUUUUUCCACCUCAGCACCAGCUAAGUUUAUAACAUUAUGGAUCAACACCUUGUGUAUUAAAAGUAUAAUCCAUACCAUUUAAUGUACUGAUUCAGACUUUCGUUUCUGUUCUAA